CUUCACUUUUUUAUUCUGUGAAGAAACUUUCAUUACUUGAGUCUAAACUGUCAAGGUCUUCAUUGAUGCUAACAUUUCCUGGUUUUAUCACUAGAAUAAAAGUUAUCACAAAGCAAGAGUGGAAUAACAAAACGGUGGUUGUUGAGUUCAUCCUCCUGGGAUUUGGGAAUGGCCCUAACUGGAUUCUCUUCUCUUCCUGAUGUUUCUGUCAAUCUGCAUUGUGACUAUUACUGGAAAUACCUUCAUCAUUGUGCUGAUGGUGGCUAAUCGGCACCUUCACACCCCAAUGUACUUCCUCUUGGGCAAUUUUCCUUGCUUGGAAAUCUGCUACAGCUCAAAUACCUUGCCGAGGGUGUUGCUUAGCUAUCUGUCUGGAGACAGAAGUAUUUCAGUCAAUGGAUGCUUUACACAAUACUAUUUCUUUGGUUGUUUGGCAGCUGUAGAGUGCUCUCUCCUUGCACUGAUGUCCUAUGGUAGGUACGUAGCAGUGUGCAAGCCCUUUCACUAUCCAUCCCAUAUGAACAGCAAGCUCUGUCGCCAGCUUGAUGCUGCAUCUUGGGUAAGUGGCUUUCUGUCUAAUUUUAUACUAACAUUCCUGAUCUCCGGUUUAGAUUUCUGUCGGCCUAAUGAAAUUGAACAUUUUUUCUGUGACAUUCCAAUGGUAAAAGUCUCCUGUAGUAACACUCAUGUGGUUGGACUUGUCAUUUCUGUCGUGGCAGUCUUAGAAACAAAGAAGUAA